AUGACUACUGACAGUCUUAAUUUUUCUAUCGAUCCUUUGUCUAAUUCUCAACUUAAGAACGAAUCAUACAAGUCUUCAAGCGACGACCAUUUCGCUUUUGAUAACGACUCAUCUACCUCAGACAUCACCUUCUUUACUAUCAAACAGGAAAACUCGGAUUCUAUGUCUUCGGAUUUUAUCGACAUCGAACAGAAUUCAGAUGUUACUAACACUGAACAAAUUUCGGAUUCUAAAAAUACUGAACAAAUGUCGAAUCUUAUUAACAGCUCUGAAGAUAUCAUUAACUCGGAUAAUUUAUCCAAACAAAUUGAUUCUGAUACCACUACCACAUAUAAACAACUAGGUCCCACCUUGUUCUACAAAAAGAAAAGAAAUGAUGACUUUAUUUAUUUCGGUUAUAUUCUGAACUACAAAAUUCCAAUUAUCGGGGUUCAAAUGUCUUAUCCUAUAAAAUAUAUUCUUUCGAAAUUUGGAUUCUAUGCGGGUGGAAUUAAGAAAAAAUCUAUUGCUGCAAAGUUACAAACCUUUAUUUAUGGUGGACAAAUCCCAAAAAAUAGCCUUUUUGCAAAUAUACAAUCCUUUAUGAGGGAUUAA